AUAAUACAUGUUUUACUGGUUAGAAUGGUAAGUUUUGAUUUUAAAUGUUUGAUUAUUUGAUGCAGCAGCAACAACGAUCACAUAUCCCCAAGUUUGGGAGUUGGGAUGCUGACAAUGUCCCCUACACCGCCUACUUCGAUAACGCGCGAAAAGAUAAAGGUACGACGGGCGUGAUGUUCAACCCGAACGACCCAGAGGAGAAUCCUGAAGCUUUUAUGACGUAUGGAGGAGGAUACGAUGAUGGCAACAAUGAUCAUAAGAUUGUUUUCGCUGACAAAAAUAUGAAGACAAGCAUGACUUCAUCAGAUAAGGGUUCAAUAUCAGACAUAUCGAACAAUCAGCAAAGUUACAAGUCCGAUCCAAAAAAGAGCUCAAACUCAGAAAGGUUGGCCAAUUUUUCUCCGCCUUCACCUUCGCCUGGACCUCAUAGACCAAAAUACGGAUAUAAUCCCGCCGAUGAUAUUGUCUCACAUAGAUCAGCAUCAGUGCCAAUGUUUGGGGCAUGGGAUGAAAAGGACCCCAGAUCUGCAGAAGGUUUUACAGUCAUUUUCCAGAAAGUGAAAGAGGAAAAACACAUUGCUGCUACCAAGUUCCCACCAAUCCCUCAACACCCAACAUCUAAUCAUCCCAACACUCCCAAACAUGAUAACACAAGGAGGAAGGUUGGAGAUAAAAAUCAACAUGAGGUUGCGAGUUAUGAUAGUAGCAGGCAGUGGCAUGCCCAUCUGACGGAGGCGUUCAACAUGUUUGACCUAGACGGAGAUGGAUACACACCGGUUUUACGUAUUUGCCCUUAA